AUGAUUGUCGUGCAUUUUGUCCUUCCGCUGAUUCUGCUGUCAGCAGCAAUCUACGUGGUUCUGUAUUUCCAGCCAGGCCUCGUGCAGCGCAAUUUCGUUCCUGCGGCCAAGCUGGACAAGAAGCAAAAGCACGUUUUGUUUGUUACAGCGCACCCGGAUGACGAAUGCAUGUUCUUCGCACCGACGAUUUCAGCUCUCCAGCAGCAAAACACGAUGGUCAGUAUCUUGUGCCUGUCGACAGGCGACAGCGCCGGACUGGGCGCGGUACGCAAGACGGAGCUGGUGCGCUCAGCGGUCAGCAUGGGACUGGCAGCCGAAAAUGUUAUCAUCGUCGAUGACCCGUCCUUGCCAGACAGCCCACACAAGGCAUGGAAUGCGGCACUGGUGGCGCGUACAGUGGAGGCUGUGUGCGCAGCGGGCGAUGUGGAUGCGAUAUUCACUUUUGACGGGAAGGGUGUGAGUGGGCAUGCGAAUCACAUUGCGGCGUAUGUGGGCGUCAAGCACAUGGCGAUGACGGCGCAGCGGUUCAAGUUCCAUCCGGUGAACGUGUAUGCAUUGGAGAGCGUUGGGGUGGUGAGAAAGUAUGCGUCGGUGUUGGAUAUGCUGUUUAGUUUGGGCACGUUCUGGGCGGCAAGAGAUAGUCUGGUGUUUGUGGCCGAUCUGAAGGCGUACGCCAGGGGCGUGGAUGCGAUGCGCAUGCACGAGAGCCAGUAUGUGUGGUUCCGUAAGCUGUACGUGACGUUCUCGCGGUACAUGUUCAUCAAUACGUACAACAAGAUCAACUGA